AUGCUGCUUGGAAAGGGUAAAGUACUUUACAGUGGCGCACCAGCUGAAUCAAAGAACUUUUUUCAAGAUCUAGGCUUCAGGUGCUCUGAGAAUGAGAACAUUGCUGACUAUAUUCUUGACAUCGCGUCCGACAAAAAAAAUCAUAAAAUGAUACGGACGCGCAUGAAACAAGACCUUCUGGAUUCGAUCAAUUUAACUUCAGCGCGCUCAGAAGCUUACACACUUUCGCAAAGUCAGACCUUGCCAUCGACACUCUACAGCCCAUCAACGAAGGCAGAGUCAUCACCAUUAAUGACAGAGAAUUCAGUACUUAGCGUGUCGCAAUCAGGAAAUGCAUUUGGCUGGCAGAUUGGAGAAGAUAAGCUAAAGGAACUUAAUGCGAUGAGAAUUGAAGCGGCACAAAGCACGCAAACUUUACGUCCCCAUACCCAUAUCACAAUGGACGAGAUCGAUGGUGAUAUUGUGAAGUCACAUCGAUCGAUACUGGUUGAGAUACGCGUGGUGUUUGCACGCACGUUGCGAAACAUCGUUCGAGAUCGAUCAUUAUUUUUGCUGCACAUUGCCCUAAGUUUGUCACUAGCUUGUUUUGGCGGACUGAUCUUCAAUCACGUGACCAAUGACCUCGCAGGAUUUCAAAACCGCAUGGGUGCAUUUUACUUCAUCCUUACGUUUUUCGGGUUUUCGAGUAUGAGCUCUAUGGAUUUGUUUAUCAGUGAGCGCCCAAUCUUUCUUCGGGAAAUCGGUGCUAUGUACUAUGGCGCAGGUAGUUUUUUUCUUGGAAAGGCUAUAUUGGACACGUUACUGCUGCGGAUCUUUCCUGCAUCGUUGUUUGCUUGCAUUUUUUACUGUAUCAUGGGCCUUCAAGCCACAACAGAACGCUUCCUGUUGUUUUCACUCACGUUGGUGCUGUUCAAUGUUGCAGCUGGUGCUAUUUGUCUUCUCGUAGGCGUUAUUUCAAGUCGUGUUGGUACUGCCAAUCUUAGUGCGACAGUCGUCUUCCUCGUGAUGUUGCUUUUUGGUGGAUUUCUGCUCAACUCGCAAACUAUACCUACGUCUGUGGGAUGGCUGAAGCACCUGUCUAUUUUCAGCUAUGCUUUUGAGAUCCUCAUGACUAACGAGUUAAAGGGUUUAAUCUUGAAGUUUGAUGCUCCUGGAUAUCCGGCCAUCCCUGUUUAUGGAGAGGUGUAUCUUAAAACACUCGGAAUGGACUACGCCAAUCGAUACUAUGAUGUUGCAGCUCUUGCACUGAUUGCCGUGAGCUUGCAACUGCUUGCCUUCUUGUUUCUUUCCCUACAAGUGCCACUUCACAGUACCUUGGCCGAUCUUGACGUCGAGAACUUCAAAGUUGCACGGAAAGGUCUACAUCACUAA